AGGUUUUGCAAUUUGCUAUAUAAGUUGCAACGCCUACUGUCUAUCAACUACGCUUAAGCAGAAGGUCUAGUCAAGGAGUUCUUCUCUCCAGGCAAUAAAAAUGGAGGAUUCAUUGGAGAAUUGGAUUUCACAGUUGGAAAUGGAGGAAUAUGAUGAUGUGUUGAAUGAAAGUCAUCAUGGCUCAUUUGAUGAGCAAGAGUUCCUAAGAGAGAUCCUUGAGGAGCAGCCAGAAAACUUGUCACCUCAAAGAGAAAACAUCUGCAGCACCAGCCCCACCAACAGCACUGUGUCCUUUGAUGAGGCAAUUAGCUUUAAUUAUGCGAGUGGCAGCACUCUCCACAAAAGCAACAGCUCCAACUCCAUCAAGUCUUUGAAAAGAUCAUCAUCAUCAAGUGUCUCACCAGCCUCCACCACCACCACCACCACCACCACAUACCUUCUCUCUUUUGAUACCUCAAUUGUUGAACCAAUCACACUUAAACCUUCCCCUAAGCUUGAUGUGGUGAAAGAUGGGUCUGAGUUUGAUGCAUUGAUGCCCCAAACCCAACCAAAGAAGAAGGUUAGAAGGUCAUGUGAGACACGGCAUCACAUAAUUGCUGAGAGGAAAAGGAGGCAGGAACUGACAGGGAGCAUUAUAGCACUUUCAGCAACUAUUCCUGGGCUCAAGAAGAUGGACAAGGCUUAUGUGCUUCGUGAAGCUGUCAAUUACACAAAACAACUUCAAGAGCGAGUUAAAGAGUUGGAAAAUCAAAACAAAGUAGAUUCAGCAACAUUCAUAAGGAAAUCUGAAGCCUCCUCAGAUAAAAACACCGGCAAUUGUGAAACGAACAAAGAAAUAUCACUAUUUGAGGUUGAAGCAAGAGUCCUAGAUAAGGAAGUACUCAUUGGAAUCCAUUGUGAGAAGCAAAAGGACAUAGUGUUCAAAAUACAUGCCUUGCUUAGAAACCUCCAUCUAUCUACAACCAGUAGCACCGUAUUGCCAUUUGGGACUUCUACUCUUAUAAUCAACAUUAUUGCUCAGAUGAAUGGCGAAUACAGCAUGACCAAGGAUGACCUAGUGAAAAAACUUAGAGAAUAUCUGUUGGAGGUGUAUGACAUGCAAUAGUGAAUUAGUGAUCCGUGCUAGUGCAUCAAGGAAGUUCUCAGUUUGUAUUAAAAAAAAAUAUCGUAUUGUACUUUAUGAUGGAUUGAGGAUGAUUUGAGAAGUUGUUGCUCCUUUGGUGAUUGGGUUUAGUUUCUUUGUUGUUGCAUAAAAUAAAAUAAAAAAAGAAGAAGAAACGACGAACAUGUUUGUUUAUUCAAAUGCUAUAUAGUAAAAAGGUAUGUCGUCUGUCUUGGUGCUUCA